CACAUCCCCGCCACCACACCACGACGAUACGACGCACUCGAGUCGGCCGAGCUCAGAAUAUGCUCGUCUCAUCCCAACAACACCGAGAUAGACGCGCGCAAUUCGGGCACAAUAGACGGAAAGAGCCGUAGCCGGACAAGAAGACGGACAAUCGAUGUUGUCAAGAGCCGCAGAGACGUUGACCGGGUUCAAGAAUACAGUGCACAAUAGAGUGCAGGGGCUGCUUCGAAUACACGAGAGUGAGGCCUCGUCCUCAACCUUUGCUGCGAGUCCUAAUGAACGAACAUCGCCAGACCGUUCCGUUCGAAUGCCGCCGCUUCUGGAGGAGGUAACGCCAUCAUCACCGCCGCAGUCGGGCAAGCGCCGCCGAAGUGAAGAGGGAGACAGUCCGGGCAGAAGCAGAAAGAGCAGUCGAAACAGCAGCAGCGCACAAUCCUUGACUCCAAAUUACCAACAGACGCCCAAGGACGCUACGCGAAUAUUCGUGCCAAAAUACGAUCCUGGGGAGGACUGGAAUCCGCGGCCUCCAGCUCGAGUCCAGCACGAGAAGAUGGGCGCGCCACAUCGCCCUGCGUACGGGUUUCAGCCUAGAAAUACCCUUCACCAACAGUCGGUGCAGAGUGGAAACAAGAGACAGCGGUCAUUGACGCAGCAGCGUCUGCCGGAGCCGAGUUUCAAACCAUUUACAGCCGGAGGAAGUUCUCGGCCGCAGCCGCUUCCGCUCAGCAAAAGCAGCGGGAGCAAUGUCGUAAAGCCCUUGGACGUGGACGAGGUUGUGGACGACGAGCUCGAGUCUCAACGGCCUCCUACCAAAAAGAGCAGACUUGAUUCGGAUCUGGUCGACCUAACCGACGAUUAUUCUCAAGGUGUGGCCGUGCCUGCUAAACAAGGCAUACACAGAUCUGGUAGUCACGGAUCUGCGGCUGGAUCGUCCAGUAGGUCGAAGAAGAAGCUGAGAGGCGGUGGUGACGCGUUCGGCAACAAUGAGCUAUACCUCGCUGACAUGGAAGGCGGCAACUUGCACUCCAACUCAAGACGAGCAUUGCCGGGCAUGAGGGCCAGCACGGCUGCAUCACAGAGCCAGGCGCAAGCUGGUCGAUCCUACGCUGACCAUGACCACAAAACUAAUGGCACUGCUCAGAGUCCAGUUGAUGUAGACGCAGAUGACAGCCAGUCCGCUAUUCGAGAUACUGCCGGGGAAAUGCUUGAAAGGGACCUCUGGAAGGGAGUCGCGGAAGCAGGGAACGCGUACAAGCGAAACCGACAGAAGACCCAGCAAGGCAGUGCCUACAACAAAGACGAUGUCGACAACGUCUUCGAAAGUGUAGGAUAUCUUAAGCCCUCCAUUGUCAAGGCUCGCCCUGUUGCGACUGCAGCUCCGAGGCGGUCGAUACCGCAACCUCAAGUUGCCCAUGUUAAUCAUGAUUUUGAGCGAGGAACGCCAGGACCAAGAAUUGCACGCGAACGCCAACCCGCAGACGUGCGAGGACGUUUCGUACGAGAUGCGAUACAAAGUGACGACGGUGACCGUCCCGUGGAGACGAUCCGAAUGCACAACCAGGCGCAGCCCCGUCAACCAACCCUUCCGAGCCGCCCUCAGCCCCGCGAACAUAGCCCGGAUGUUCUCGGCGGUGAAACGACAGUAGGAUCGCAGAAGUCUCGAAGCGCCUCUCCAAAGAAGGCUGCUGAGGUGCCUCGUCCAGAACCCGCUGGGUCCGCAUAUGCUUCUCCGAAAGCACAGACCUACAAUUCCAGUCUCAAACCAACGAACUUCACGCGAGCAGCAGACCAGAAACCAGCCGUUCCCAAAAAGGUGGACGCUGAUAUCUGGAAGCUGGGCGAAGAUGAUGGCGAUGUUGGCCGUCCGCAGAUAACGACCUUCAUUUGCCGAGGCUUCGCGAUGCAAGCUACGGGGUAUGCAUUGAUUUGGGACCAUACCAACGAAAGGUUCCUCCUGGCAGAUGAGUCCGGCACCUUAGUCUUCUCUCCAUGGCGGAAAGAACCCGUUCAAAUUUGCAAGUUUGCUGCUGCGCACGGGUUCAUUUCCCACCCAAGCAGCACGAAAGCCAUACUGAAAGGUUCAUCGGACUGGAUGAGCACGGGACACAUUCUGCUGCACUUUCACACGCUGGAAGGGAAGAAUUCCGUCUUCGAGAAAUUACGUGACGAGUUUGGUGUCGAGUUCGUGGAUGUUGACGUUGAUCGGCUUGGUUCUAUGUUCACAAAUCUUGGCAACAAAGAGAUCGGCGGGUAUUUGAAGUUGAGGGACCAAGCUGAAGCGCGUGCAAACCAAGCUCAAGCUGACGACGAUGUCAUCAUUUACGACACUGAGCAGCCAUCCAGUGCAGUCGAGCAGACAUCGCGACGCGAGAAACUUGUGAGUAAAAUGAAGCGCGAAACUCUAUCUGAGGUCCUUCGAGCACAAGAGACGCAACAGAAUGGCGCCCGUCAGCCGCUUUCUCGUCUCGUGGGAACAGAUUCACAGCAAUUCGUCAAGGAGCCGACACGAAGAUCAACACGUCAAUCAAAGCCGCCGCCACAGUAUCGUGAGCCUUCACCUGAACUAGUGAAAUGGACGGUGCAGAAUGGUCUUCCUAAAUGGACAAAAUCUGUCGUAUACCCUCAGGUGGGCACUCGUCGCGUUACAGUCGAUGUUGGCGACCUUGAGCAUCUGGACGCUGGCGAGUUCCUCAAUGACAACAUCGUGAAUUACGCUCUCCGACAUAUCGAAGAGACCAUGUCUCCGGCCCACAAGGAGCGUGUACACUUCUUCAACACAUUCUUCUUCUCUUCUCUGACGACAAAGAACGGCAAAAAAGACUUCAACUACGAUGCUGUAAAGAAGUGGACGAAGAAUGCAGAUUUGCUUUCGAAGCCGUAUAUCGUUGUGCCGAUCAACCUGGAUCUCCACUGGUUCGUGGCAAUAAUCUAUAAUCUCCCUGCCCUGCGACGAAGAAUGGUGGACACAGACGAUGAACCAUCCACAGAAGAUGCGGUCGAUCUGUGCUCGGAAAGCGAAGCUACGCCUGCAAAGCCCGAAGAGCCACAUUCCAAACUUGAGCAAAUGAGCUUGAGUGACAAUGCUGAAGGCAGAGUCGGCGAUUGCCCCGCGCAAGAGGAUGAAGCGUUGGAUGGAACUGUGCCCACCGCCGUAGAGACUGCCAGAAGUCAACCCACAAUCAAAGGCAAAAAGGGCAGGAAGAAGCGGGUCGCGCCGGUGAGAAAAUUUAACCCCGAACAGCCUAUGAUCAUAUCACUGGACUCUUUUGGUCUUGCUCGUACCAACGAGCUCCGCGUCAUCAAGAAAUACGUAAUUGAAGAAGCACGAGAGAAACGGCAAAUGGCUGUUGCAAUGGACGACCUGCAAGGCGUGAACGCCAAGGGCAUUCCCCAACAGGACAACUUCUAUGACUGCGGCGUGUACCUGAUCGGAUACAUGAAAGAGUUCGCCCGAGAUCCUGAUCGCUUCGUCAAAAAGAUCCUGGGCAGGCAAAUCGAUGAGAAUGACUUCAAGGAGUUCAAUACAACUGCUUUGAGAGAUGAAAUUCGCGAGACCUUGAUCAAGUACGGCGACGAACAGGAUGCGCAGUAUAAGAAGGACAAACUUGCUCGAGCAUCUGCCAGAAAGAACGGACAAACUCCUCAGGUCGUCAAGACGCCUAGCGGCGCGCCAACAUCUGCACAGGCAACGGCGACUAGAGCUGAUACUUCAGCUCCGCCGACUUCGAGUCAACCAGCACGCGGGAGUCCUUCGGCCGAGAAGGUCGGCCGUCAGGUGGUUCCCGUCCAGCAACAACCUCCAUCUGCUUCUAAAGGGACCACGCCAAGUUCUCGCAAAGUGGCGCCUUCACCACGGAAGAGCCCACGGAAGGAACCUCCCGACGAAGGCGAUGCCGACGAAAACGACGAUGAGUUAGAAGUCGACGCUCCGCAGCCGUUGAGAAAGUCUCACACGGGUUUCAACGAACAAGCGCGAUCUUCGCCUGUCGCCGGGCCCGAUGAGAAGAAAGAUCAAGAGGACGAGCACGAGAUGCUAGACACUGCUGAUCCAAGUGCGGGUGACUCUCGUGGUCCGAGGUCAGCUACGCCGCCGAAGCGCCCGGCGCCUGUGCACAAUGCCCAUCUCAGUCCUUUAUCAAGCCUAGAACAGGACAAUCGAAGUUCGCGGACACGAUCGCCGGGUCUUGUCAGCACAAUUUCAGCUGGUGUAAUCAAUGACAUGGUCUCCAAAACCGAUUCAGCAGCUCGGGAUCGAGUCGGACAAGAUGGCGUCGAAGACGAUGAAACUGACAUUGAGAGCGUGUCAGAUGAUUCAGAGCGCGUUCCACAGCGGACCGUUGUGAUUGACAUCGGUGACGAGGGUGAACCGGAUCCACUGGGCAAGUCGAUGCUCGACGAAGACACUUUCGAAGGCUUUCCUGACAAUACGGGCAACGAUGGGGCCGAAAUCCCUGAUUCACAGCCAGAUGCGCUGCAGAGUCAGGUCGGGCAAUGAAGGCGCUCAUGUCCCCAGGUGAGGAAUGUUGUUAGUCAGGCAGCGCGUGAAUGGGGGGGCGUAACAAGGCGCACAGAACAUUCGCUGCUCCGAUGCAGCUACAUAGUUUGGUCUUCAUAGCGUCAGUUCAGACAUAUACUGUCUCUUGAAACUUUCCGUCUAUCUCUAUC